UGAAGUUUUCAAAAAGGUUUCCGAGAUUUUCUUACGGGUCAGUUCACGACAUCCGCUGCUAACAAAAUGACGCGAAGCAAGCAGCUCCAGAACCAGCAGCAGCACCACCAACACCACCAGCACCACCAGCUGCAGUUGCUGCUGCUGCUGUGCGGCCUGCUGCUGGUGCUGCCCGCCAUUGCGGCCCUGCCGCAGCAACAGUUGCUGCUGGAUACCUCAGCCUCGGAGCAGGCGACAACAGCCACAGCGCCCGCGCUCAGCGAUCCUUCGGAUCUCAGCGCUGGCCUCAACCUCCUGCCCGUGAGCAAUUGGAUUGCUGCGGCCGCCAAUGUGGAGCCGCCCGCACCCGUUCAAUUCAUCCGCAUCGCCAUGAACAGUGGACUGUGAGCCGCCGACAGAGGGCGCCAGCUCACCAUCAAAUACUCAAUUUGUGUUUACAUUUAAUUCAACAUCCUUUUCUUGUUACUUAUAUAUACAUACAUAUGUGUAUAUAUACAUAUUUAUAAAUUUCAUUUUUUUUAAUACCCUGUAAUUAGGUAUAGGCUGUAGAAAGGGUGCAAUAAAAGUGUGCAUAGG